AUGAUUAAUCAUGCUUUCGAAAACAAGGAGAUUACCACAAAGAAAAAACUAUCCAAAAGUCCACGAAAUGGUGGAUUUCACCCUACAGAUACUUUGCUCUCGCUGCCCUUGUCGAAGCCAUCCCCAAUGUCUAACCCGAUCCGGGUAGAAAAGUCGUCCACAGACGUUUCCCAAGUAUUACAAGAUUCUAAGCAAAAUCGUCUACGACUAGACUCCUUAACACAUUAUAAACCACACCAUUCACUAGCAGACUCCACAAAACAUACAUAUUUUCCAAAACGAAAUAGAGAUAAAAAUCUCGAUUCCCAGGAGAUUAUUGAGUCAAGAGACAGCUUGCUUCUACUUGCAAAGAAAACGCGAGGAAAGAUAUCUGAAGUACGAGAUUGUUCAGGUCGGUACUUGAACUUGAACGAGCACCGUUUGCGAGAACCGCCUCGAGUUUGCCAAUCGUUGAGAUCAUAUGAAUACCUGGGGAAACCUUUAGCACAAAGGUACAGAGGCCCCGGUAUUGCUUUGGCAGUUUCUUCAAAUGGCCGGUUUAUAUACAUAUGCAAAGAUCAACAGCCUGUGGACGAUUUCGUCGUUGAUAUUGACAAACACUUGAAACAGUUUGUUUUUCGUAGCGACUCGUUUGCGAUGAAAUUGAAUGACAGGUUUGAAUACAUUACGGCAAUACAUGAUGGGACAGUUGUCAAAUUUCGUGAUUAUUUCAAAGAGUAUCCAAAUCCCAAAGUGCAGUUUGGAAUCUUUGCUGAAGAGAACCGUUCAAAAGAGCCCGUUGCAGUGCCUUCAAUACUGAAAAAGCUCGUUGCAGUGCCUUCAAUACUGAAAGAGCCCGUUGCAGUGCCUUCAAUACUGAAAGAGCCCGUUGCAGUGCCUUCAAUACUGAAAGAGCCCAUUGCAGUGCCUUCAAUACUGAAAGAGCCCAUUGCAGUGCCUUCAAUACUGAAAGAGCCCGUUGCAGUGCCUUCAAUACUGAAAGCGCCAAAGGUGAUUGAUCCGUUGAAAAACGUUGUUGUAAGAAGUGCACUUCGGAGAAGUUGCAGAGUAUUACCUACUGAAAAGUCUGUCAGGAGUGAAAAGUCUGUUGAAAGAAAAGACUCUGUUGAAAAAAGAGAACCUUUUGAAAAGAAAGAGUCUGUUGAAAGAAAACAGUUUGUUGAAUUGGAAAAGCCUGCCAACAAGCUUGAAAAGAAUUCCAAAACCAGUCGAAAAGCUGAAUUUGAUGGCGAUGACGUUCAGCUCAUUGAAGCUAACGGUAAUGAUUAUGCCAAAUUUUUUAAUAAUGUAAACCAUGUGGGACCUGAGGUGGUGCCAUCUUUUCAUCCGGAAUUACGUUUCAAGUUCAAUGACGGAACUGAGAUGUUCAUCAACCGCAAAGAUUUUGAAACAUUGUUUCAUAAUAAUUGGGUCAAUGAUUUGUUGAUAGAUUUUGGAUUGAAAUAUCUGAUUCAAAAAAGCAUAGAGGAAGGUAAAGUGAAAUCUAAUGAAAUUUAUGCCUUCAACUCAUUCUUUUACACAAAGUUGGUUUCAAAGGAAAAAGAGGGGCCACAGGAUUAUUAUGGCAAUAUUCGGAGAUGGUUGCAAAAGAUUGAUUUGAUGAGUUAUCCAUAUGUGGUGAUUCCCAUUAAUGAGGAUCUACAUUGGUAUUGUUGCAUUGUGAGAAAUCUACCUGCUUUGUUAAAAGCUGAGAAAGAAAAUAAAGCUCGCGUUGAGGCAGAUAGUGAUGUAGAAGAAGUGGAUCCCAAAGUAAAAAGUACUGCAGAUAUUUUUGUUUUCGACUCGUUGGGAAUGAGAAGAGACCAUGUCAAAGUACCUUUAAAACAAUUUAUUAUUGGAUAUUGCAAGGAAAAAUAUGAUUUGGAUAUUGCCAAAGAUCAUAUACGUGUUCAUUCAGCUCGAGUGCCAAGACAGAGAAAUUUUAAUGAUUGUGGUGUUCAUGUUUUAUUCAAUGUUCGGAAGUGGCUAAAUAGAAUACCCGAGUGUGAGGCGCACUGGAGAAAGUUUCAACCAGGUACAGUUAAACACUUGUUUCCAGCUGAAGAAAGGAAUAGAGAACGUAUUUUUUGGGUGGAAACUUUGCUCCAAUUACAUCUGGAGCAAGAUUAUCGAGCAGAACAUUCUUCCGAUGAAGAGAGUGAUGAUGAUAUUGAGAUUCUUGAGGAUAACAGAACUUCUUCUUCUAGACGAAACAAGUUACAUGGUGAUGUAGGACAGAGAGAGACAAUGAAGAAAAGUACUCUGCAGAAGGAUAAACUGGAAAGCAUUACAAAUGAUAAUGUCUUGUCUGUGGCUAAAGAGGAUGUUCCCGAGCUGACAAGCGUCAAGAAGAAGGAAACUGAGUCUUUCAAGUCGGGAGAUGAAAUUGUUAUACCUAACUCUCUCAAAGUUGAGGUGGACGAAUUUAGAGAAAAACUAAGCAAAACAGAGCAGAUGGAGGAAAAAGAAGAGGAGAAAAAGGAGAAGAAGAAGGAGAAAAUUGACAAAGAAUCGACCAGACUGGCUACCAGUAACAAUGACAUUUAUGAGGUUUGUGAGGAAAAAGUUGGAAAAGAUUUAUUAACGGGCAAAAAAUUAAAUACAAAGAAUUCCUAUUCGGAGUUAAUAGAAGUAACUGAAGAGCGGAUAAAAGUUGAUGGUGAUGGCUUUUCCUCUCCCCCCUCCCCACCCUCAUCUUCCUCCUCCUCAUCGACAUUAACAAAAUCAACAUCAAGUAAAGACGGAAAGCAAACUAAUAAACUGUCAAACGGUUAUAUCAAGGACUCAGAAGGAAAAGUUAAAAAUUCAUCACUACCUCAAAACUUUUACGAUAGUUUCAAUCAGCUCAAUAGCAGCGAUGACAGAUUUUCAGUUGCACUGGUAGCACUGGCAUCGAAGCUUGCUAGAGAGAAUGGGGUGAAAAUUAAUACAGAAUCAAGUGUAAAUGCCUGUGUAGAGGCAAAUGACAUGUCUCGGUGGCCAAAACUCAGCGAUGUGCUCGAAAUGAAAGCGGCAACAAUUGACCCCUUUGGAAAUACAAGUCAAAGCAAUGCCCCUAGUAUAGUGAAAAAGCUGAAAAUAGAACGUUUUUUAGUACCUGCUAAAGAAGAAGACGAAAAUGUGGGAGGAGCUAGAGGUGAUGAAAGUGUAAGUAAUGAAGCAAGAGCUAGAGGUGAUGAAAGUGCAAGUAAUGAAGCAAGAGCUAGAGGUGAUGAAAGUGCAAGUAAAGAAUCAAGAGCUGGAGGUGAUGAAAGUGCAAGUAAAGAAUCAAGAGCUGGAGGUGAUGAAAGUGCAAGUAAAGAAUCAAGAGCUGGAGGUGAUGAAAGUGCAAGUAAAGAAUCAAGAGCUGGAGGUGAUGAAAGUGCAAGUAAAGAAUCAAGAGCUGGAGGUGAUGAAAGUGCAAGUAAAGAUGGAAAAGUUUUCGACAUUAAUGAGUCAUUUGAAAAUAAAACAAAAACUUCACCCUUGAAACGCAAAAGGGGUAACAAGAUUAUAAAAAUGAAUUGUUUUGAUAUCGAGAGCGAUACAAAUCUGAAUGUUGAAGAAAUAAUAGACUUAUCAAGAGACGUUUCUAGUGAGAAAAACAAGGACGAAAAGCGUACAAGCCUGCAUUCCAACUUUUCGAAAAGACGAAGACUUUUAUAG